AUGUCCCUCCAACGCGCCUUUCCCAACACCGGAAGCACCGGCUUGUUACCACCUCGCGCUCCGUCAAUAAUGGCAGAGCACAUGACCUGCCGGUCACCUGACCGAAAGUCAUGUGAUGGGAGUGGCGCGGCCGGAAAUUUUCUUCUUCCUUUAAAAAUGCCAUCCAAUAAAUCAGUGUCCGAUGCCCCAAUCACACAGUUCCUGAACUGUCAUAUUCUAAAGGAUCACAAGUUACAGAGGGAGGACCUAUGGGUCCGUGAGGGGAAGAUCCUCAACCCGGAGAAGCUGUUCUUUGAUGAGAAAGGUUAUGCGGAUAUUCAGAUUGAUUGUAAGGGCAGCAUCAUCGCCCCGGGCUUUAUCGACACGCAGAUCAACGGAGGAUAUGGAAUUGACUUCUCAACAGCCACAGAUGACAUUAAAUGUGGGGUAUCCAUGGUUGCUCGGAGGCUGCUUUCCACCGGAGUGACCUCCUUCUGUCCAACACUUGUGACCUCCCCAGUCUCCAUCUACCACCGGGUUAUUCCUCAAAUUGAGGUAAAGGAUGGUAGUCCCAGGGGAGCAGGGAUUUUGGGUCUACACUUGGAGGGUCCGUUCAUUAGCAAAGAGAAGAGGGGUGCACAUCCUGAGGAAUAUCUGCAGAUAUUUGAAAAGCACGGGUUCCAGGAUUUGUUGGAUACGUAUGGCUCCCUGGACAAUGUCCGAAUUGUCACAUUGGCUCCUGAACUCGACAGGAGUGAAGAGGUUAUCAGGGAACUGGUCAGACGUGGGAUCUGUGUCUCACUGGGACAUUCUGUCGCCAACCUGUUACAAGCUGAAGCCGCAGUGAAACAAGGGGCCACCUUUAUCACCCACCUCUUCAACGCCAUGCUGCCCUUUCACCACCGUGAUCCAGGAAUUGUGGGCCUUCUGACUAGCAAUGAGAUUCCUGUCGGACAAUCCAUAUUCUAUGGAAUGAUUGCUGAUGGGAUCCAUACGAAUCCUGCAGCUCUGAGGAUCGCAUAUCGAGCGCACCCCACAGGGUUGGUCCUAGUGACCGAUGCGAUCAUGGCAAUGGGACUUCCCUCAGGACGACGCACAUUGGGGCAGCAGGUAAUCGAGAUUGAUGGGCUACAUGCCUAUGUUGCAGGGACCAAGACGCUGAGUGGGAGCAUCGCUACGAUGGAUAUGUGUGUCCGACACCUCUGGCAAGUUGCGGGCUGCUCAAUGGAGCAUGCGCUGGAAGCUGCUUCACUUCGUCCUGCUGAGCUACUGGGGAUUUCACAGACAAAGGGAACCCUGGACUAUGGCACUGAUGCAGACCUGGUGCUGAUGGAUAAGGAGCUAAAUGUCAAAGCAACGUACAUCGCAGGGGAAUGGGUGUGGAAACACCGUGAGUUUGCAAAGGAGUUGGAAAUGGGUACUGAAUAACAAGUAGGUCCAAUAUGAGCCAGUGAGAUCUGAGACUGAGUGAUUCCUGGUUGGCUGGAUGAUUACAACAUUAAACUCGGAUACACUGGACACGAGGUUCUCACUGUGCACAGGCAUGUUCUCCGUUCUCAACUUCUGAGGUUUUCACCUGUCUGUGCAUUUAUCUCGGAAGUGCUAAAUUUUCAGCAUAAAGUACCUGCCUCUGUUGACUCUCUGACAUCGCACUUGUAUCCCUCAAGAGGAUAUGGGUAAAGUUCGUCUGUCUUUAUACUGGAAGCAGCUACUGCCUUGAAUUAUGUCUAAGCGAAGUCUAGAUUUUAACUUGAGCAUUUUCUGCAGGGAUGGGAGGCAAAGAUACUGAGUGAUGCUUAUGUACUAACUCAACACUUGACCAUAUGCAACUGCUUGCUUUCCAAUUCUGGUAAGGGGUUUAGUUCUACUCAAGGUGGUGUCCCUGAACGAAGACAAAAAGUGGCUGAGAUCAGAAUAUUUUCAGUAUCAAGUAUUCUGUUAAUUCUAUCAUGCACCCAUCUACGUAAAAUGGUGCAUGUGCAGCAAAUCAAAUGUGUUGUGGAUAGGGGUAGCAGCUUAUGGUGCACUUUUGCUGGUGGCUGAAGAGGCCAUCUGAAGGGAAGGGGGAGGAGGGGUGUGGUUCUUCUACAAGGGCUCAAUCUGAAGCAGCUGUUCAGUGUCAUUGUGGAUUGUUGAUUUUAGUGCUGGCAAUUAUUGCUUUGUUGCUGUGAUCAUUGAUCUCUAUGGUAGCACAAGUGAUUUCGCUAUAUCUCUCUCAGCUGGUGUCUUGCAGCUUCAGAAAUUGAUGUUUCAAGCCUUUGUAACAUGCUUGCAAGCAUCUUUGAGUUGGAAUAUUGUGGGUGUCUAACUGAUUAUCUGCCUACAGCUACCUUAGCAAACAAAAUAUCCUUGAGUAUCCAUCUGUCUUCCAUCUUCUAAGCCUGCCUGAACAUGGGAAGUUGCCCCUGCUCAACGAGUGCCAAUACACCAGGAAGAGUUGCCUUUGAGAAUACAGUCACAUCUGUGUUUUGUCCUUUGGAUGCCAAGAUGCAUUGGCAACAGUGAAGAUGAAAGUUGUUGGGCCUCCCCCCUCAAUAGCUGGAAGUCGUUCAUAGUUCACAGUUGUACAAGACACUGAGAACACAGGCCUUAUUAACCAGCUCCUGAUGGUAAUUCAUAUAACAAGUUCAGCAUCAAGACACAGAUUAUUUGCUUCUGUGGAUCCAAUGUGACAGAAUUUGCUAACCACUUUCAGUAAGAUGUUGUAACACCCUGUCCCAUAAACAUGAUUUUCUUGAUGCUUACUAUAGGGAGACCAAGUUUCAGGCAUGGAAGAAAUUCAUAACUCACUCGGGCUGUUUCCAAUGUAGUACCUAGUGCAGUGUCAUCAGUGUAGAGGACUAUUUUGGACAGCUUCAGCAUGAAGAAUGAAGUGAAACCAGGCUCUGGCCCAGGUCCUGCUUUGAUUGGUAUUUUCAUGCCCUUGCUCCUGACCUUUGCCCUCUCUGCAGAUGUGGAAGGAGUUUACCGGCAAACUUUACAAUCCACCCAGAAACACAGCACAUCUUGGUCAAGGAACUCCUCUGCAUUGAUGUUAAUAAUCAACCCGUCACAGCUCAGCAGUGUGUUUAGCUGAAGGAUCAGGGCUUGGAUCUAAACCUACAGAUACUCAGUUCAGAUGAGGACCUUAAUCCUCAAGUUCAUCAUGGUUAACCAGCUGCCUGAGCUCCGAUUUGAGGGCUUGGAUUUUCUCACAAUGGCAAAAAAAAUAAUAAGCUUAUCUGCUAAGACCUUCAUCACAUCUUCGAUACCUCUAUACUUAACUAUUGCAGUUCUCUCGUGGUUAACCCCUCAUUUUCCACCUUCCAGAUUUAAGAUCAUCCAGAAUUUACUGUGUGUCCCCUUCAUCACACUAAGACUAUUUGACUCAUCAGCUCUGUACAAGCCUAUCCACAUCAGUUCCUGGUCCAGCAACAUCUCAAUUUUACAAGUCUCACCCUCAUUUGAAACUUCGAGGACUAGACUCUACCUUCCUUCAGCCUCACAAAUCAAGUGCAUCUGAUUCUCAGUUGAACAGAAUCAAGUAUCAAAACCAGUUAAAAUAAACCAGAGCUGCCAUCAGUCAAGCUGAAGAAAUUUAUCAGCUGGGUUGAGAAGUGGCAAGGCAUUUGGUAUUAUUAAGCAGAUGAUGAUUUGUGUCUGGUUGGAGAUUAGCCAUGAGUGCUGUGUGGUAGGGGUCAGUCAGUCAUUGAACCCCUGCAGUGUGGAAACAGGCCAUUUGGCCCAACAAGCCCAUGCUGGCCACGCCUCCGAAAAGCAUCCCACCCAGACUCGUACCUCUAUCCUAUCCCUGUAACCCUGCAUUUCCCAUGGCUAAUACACCUGCACAUCCCUGAACACUAUGGGCAAUUUAACAUGGCCAAUCCACCUAACCUGUACAUCUUUGGCCUGUGGGAGGAAACCAGAGCACCCAGUGGAAACCCAUGCAGACAUGGAGAACAUGCGAACUCCACACAGACAGUUGCCCGAGGGAGGAAUCGAACCCAGGUCCCUGGUGCUGUGAGAUAGCAGUGCUAACCGUUGAGCCACCAUGCUGCCCUCAAUCGGGGUCUUGAGGAGGUCCAGAUGAUUGGGGUACCACAGGGUUUACUUAGUGUUGGGACAGUUUCUGUUUCCUCAACUCUUGGCCACUGUCAACCUUCAGAAUUCCAACAACUUGUCAGCCUCUCAAAUCCCACUGUCCUGUCUGACAUCCAGCAGGUGUCAGUGUCUACUUGUGGUGUUUCUCUGAAAUAAUGUACUGGAAAAGAAUCACAAAAGGCAACCAUAUUUCCAGAAAACCUAUCAACAAUCAUAGUGAUUAGUGACAAUCAGAAUUCCUUUUUUUAUUAAAGAAGAUUUCAAUUGGUGGUUUGCAGCUUGUAAUGUUAUUUCAAAAAUAUUGCCCUUGCCAGCUCUAGCGCAUUUAAUUUUUCUUUGCAAAUUUUUUUUUUUCCCCUGUGCUUUCACUAUACUGGUUUUCAGGUGAUAUCAUACAGACUAGGAUGAGAAGGAUCAGUCCUACAGAAUAAAUGUUCUGCUGUUGACUGCCAGAACUAAGCUUACCUAUUCCAGGUUCAGCACCAACUACAUACAGAGCAAGAUCCUGUUUCACUGUACAAUUAAACAUUGCCAGGGUAUUUUCCCUAGUAAGUGGAAGCAGUUCUGUCUUUAGGGACUGAGCUCUAAGCUCAGCCUUUGUCUCCUUUUAAGAUACUCCUUUUAAUUAAAAAAAAAAAACUACCUCCUUGACCAAACUUUUGGUCAUUUGUAUUAAUAUUGCCUCCUUUGCCCUUCUGUUAGUUUUUAUCUGAUUACCCUGUUUGGACAUCUUACUACAUUAAAGGUGCUAUACAAACACAAGUUGUUAUUGCUGGUGUCAGUGAUAUCGUUUCCAUUGCAAAAUUGUGGCAAGAGUAUGACAAAGAGGAAGGCUAUGUUAUACACCAGUGUUAAUAAAUUAUAAAUAUAGGUUUAUGCAUGUACACUACUGUAAAAAUGCCUUGCACCCAAGUGUUUUUUAAGGCAAGUCAGUUGAUUCUUGUUUUAAUCCACAUUUUGAUGAUUGCUUUUUACCAAAGAUCAGCUGCAAGGUAUUACAAGCAGCUGCCAAUGUACAUAAACAUCAUUUGAUUGUGACUAUAACACUUCUGCAUGUAAUAAAAAUAAUUACAUAAACUUCAGGCAAUGAUUAGCU